AUGGAUAUCAAUGCCAGAAACCUUUUUGGCAGCUCCCCGUCUGCAGUCAGUGUCACCAAUUUUCUCAAGGAAAUCGAUCCCCGGGCCGAAGCCCUGAUCCCAGAAGUGAAGGCAUAUCCAGACAUGGUUUACUACAAUUACCACAGACUCGGCAUCAGUCUACAGUUUGCACCACGAGGGGGAUAUAAACCCAAGGCUGGGCUAGCGAGAGAUCAACUCAAGGACGACUGUUUGGGUCUGGAAGGCAUUGACAUAUACAAUGAGCUGAAGCCACGAUCUGACAACGGAAGACCUGAGACUCCCGGUCGAUCUGCACCGCUCGCCUUCUCGCCAUGCCCAUUGUUGCCAUUGAGGAUACCUCGAGCAGCAUCUGCGCACGGCGAGGGCUCAACACAGUCCUCCAUGAAUAUAGCCGCAAACACAACAGGUAAAGAAUUCGUCAGUUGGCUGGGAGAGCCUUGUAGGAAAGGAGGUGGGACAGGUCCAUCAUCGGAAUCGAUCAAUAUAUGGUGCGAGUGGUCCAAGGAAGGUAUCAUGGCCCGAGGUCCUCAGGCUUGGGAACGGGGUAAGGAUGCGGUGUGGCGGGUUGUUACUGUAUUUCCCCCCCGGGAAUGA